AUGGCGUUUUCGAGACGAAAAAAGAUUUCUUUUGCAUUCACUACUCUUGCUAUCAUAGACGCUAUUCUCCCUGUCGCCGCGCGACUGAGGUCUUACAAAUGUUCAUGGCUCAUUGCUGUGGCUCUAAUUACACUCUCGUCCAUUCCUCCGCUGUUCGGACAAGACCCGCUGUCAUUGCUGGCAGGCUUUGUUUGGGGCUUUAAAACAGGGUUCAUUGUCGUUGUCGUCAGUAUCUUCGCUGGUGAAUCGUUUGCCUUCCUGAUGUAUCGACAUUGUCUGGAACAAAAGGCCAACGAGUUCCGUUUGAAGCAUCAGAAGCAUUAUGGAACAUUUGUGCGAGUUAUUGAGGAAGGCAGUUAUCCUCUCAUUUGGCUUAUUCGUCUGAGUUUUCUGCCCACGCAUCUUACAACAGUUUUCUUUGCAACGAUGCCGCGCGUUAGCUACGUCGGAUGGACGUUGGCCUACUGGCUUUCGAGUUUCAAAUAUCUUGUGCCCGUAUAUGCAGGUAUCUGUUUAGCACGCGAAAAAACGACAACGGCCAAUACCGUGGGUAUUAUCUUGUGUAUCGUUAUCACCGCCGGCACUGCCUUGUACAUUUGGUUCCGUUACAAACGACUCGAAGCCUCCUCGGCGGAGGAGGAGCUGCCGCUUCCUACAGCCCUCGAGCCAGCUCCUUUGACGUCUUUGUUCGAUCCAUCCAACGCUUCCAGCACUUCUUUGCUUAACGAAAGUCCUUUCGUCACUUAUGACAUGCCCACACCAACUCCUUCUAGACAAGACGUUUUCCGGACGAGUCGUUACUUGCAAACACCUUCGGUCGACCCCACAGAGCUCAGCAUCUCCGACGAAGAUCCUUCGUCAGAAGACCUGUUACUUAAUCGCAACACCCUUCCAGGAGGACAAAAGACACUUAAAUCGCCCGCUUCUGUAACUCUGCGACCUCGUUAA